UGUCCGCUUAAUUUUCAAAAACGCUUAAUCUCUCGCUUUGUACAAAAUCGAAACGCUUUAAGGCUGAUUCCGUUUAGACGGCCGCUUAAUGCGCUUUUUAGAACACUGCUAUUUAUUACUGAUAUUGGACUUAUUUUUGGUUUCCUAGACGUUGCUGUGUACUCCUUGAAUGCUUGAAAAUUAACAAACUACCCGUAAACAAUUAUAGUCAAAUACAUUGCCCCCACCCAAAACAUCUGGCCCCAAUAUUUUGCCAAAGAGAUGCAGUUUUCGCCUCAGGAAAAUCUUUUGAGGAUAAUACUCAGCAGAUUUUACCAUACUGGAAGGCAUUGAUUGAUAAGAAUCAGGAGUAAGUAGAAUAUAAAAUUUUGCAGUAGUGAUAUUAAAAUUCUUUUUCUUGAAUCUAUUUAAAAGAAUUUGUUACAGUUUGAAUAAAAUCUUCUGAAAUUCUUUAGUCCGUCCUUCCUCAAGAGAAUUCGUAUAGAUAAAAUUUCUCAUUUCAAGAUCUUUACGGAAUAUUACACUAUUCUAAAAGAUAGUUAAAAUCUUAGAUGAAUAUAUAGCAACUUUGAGGGUAAAGUAAAGGAUUUUAUAAAAUUAUUACUGAAUCGGCCCUUUUUCUCUGAAUCUCCAAGUAUACCACAAAAACCAUAUAUAGAGAAGCAUUGUUGCUGUUAAGCUGUAGGAAUCGAAGGAGUUGGAAUUGAGACUGAGAUGGAAAUGAUGAAAAUUCCCCAUGUUUUGUUGAUUUCGCUUCCGUUCCAAGGUCACGUUAGCCCCAUGGUGCAAUUCACCAAGAGGUUAGCUUCCAAAGGCCUACAAGUCACAUUUCUUUGUCCUUCUUCCACCAUUGUCCUUAACAAUUCUGACUCCAUCAACAUUGAGUACAUCUCCUAUAAAGAUGAUCCAACAGUCCGAAACUCGGAAGAAUAUAUGGCUAAUAUCCAAAAACAUGCAUCCGACAAGUUGGUUCAAGUCAUUGAAAAACAGAAGAGGUGCGGUCACCCCUUCGACGUCCUUGUGCAUGAUUCACUCAUGCCAUGGGCAGUUGAUUUUGGACAUCAACAUGGUUUGCGAGUAGCUUCUUUUUUCACUCAAGCCUGUGCAGUGAACGCGAUUUUUUACCUUGUGUUCCAAGGGAAACUUAGGCCCCCCCUCAAAGAAGGAUCUUGUUUAUCCUCCCUCCCGUCUUCAAUACCUGUUAGAGACUUUAGAGAUCUUCCUUCUGACCUUUAUGAUGAGCGUCGUCCAGGAGCCAUAGAACUGCUUGCAAGCCAAUUUUCCCAUGUUCAGAAAGAUGACUGGAUACUCUGUAACACUUUUCUUGAGCUCGAAACUCAGGUUGUGAAUUGGUUGUCAAGCAAAUGGAAAAUUAUGACCAUAGGACCAUCAGUUCCAUCAAUGUUCUUGGACAAGCGAUUAGCUGAUGACAGAGACUAUGGGCUCAGCCUCUUCAAGCCCGAAGGAGAAGCAUGCAUCAAGUGGCUAGAUGAGAAAGAUACUGACUCAGUAGUCUAUGUGUCAUUUGGGAGCUUAGCCAACCUGGUGCAAGACCAAAUGGAUGAAAUAGCUUGGGGCUUGUUGAACAGCGAAUGCAACUUUUUAUGGGUAGUCAGAGAUACUGAAAAGAGUAAGCUUUCAGAAAAGUUCAUUGAAGAAUCUGCUGACAGAGGCCUGAUUGUGAACUGGUGCCCUCAACUCGAAGUCUUGGCCCACGAUGCUGUAGGGAGCUUCAUGACACAUUGUGGUUGGAACUCAACUCUUGAGGCUUUGUCUUUGGGUGUGCCAAUGAUGGUACUUCCUCAGUGGACGGAUCAAACAACUAAUGCCAAGUACAUUGUGGAUGUAUGGAAAACUGGUGUUCGAGUGAAAGCGCAUGACAAGGAGAGCAUCACAAGGGAGGACAUAACUAAGUCUGUGAAAGAUGUCAUGGAGGGAACAAAGAGGGAAGAGCUGAAAACCAAUGCCCUUAAAUUGAAGGAAAUGGCUAUAGAGGCAAUGAGUGAAGGUGGAAGCUCUGAUAAGAAUAUCGACGAUUUCAUUUCAGAAAUUGUGAACCCUACCACCUCUACCUGAAUGUCGUGUGCUGAUUGUUCUGCUCUCGUGUAGGAUUUUGUGGGAAGUAGAAUAUAGGGCUUGGAGGGAGUUUUUCGUAUCUUUGAGUUGGCAAAGCUGGUACAAGAAUUUAAAUUUUAUGGUAGAAGAGGUACUUCAUACCAAUUAUACAGACAUAAUGUCAACUAAUACUGGCAUCAAUUUGAAAUUUAUUAAUGUUCUGGAAUA